AUGCACCACCACCGUAUCCUCUUCGACAAAUAUCAUCCAGGGUACUUCGGUAAAGUUGGAAUGAGGUACUUCCACAAGCUACGAAACAAGUUCUAUUGCCCCAUCGUCAACGUGGACAAGCUCUGGUCCAUGGUUCCUCAGGACGUGCGAGAGAAUGCUUCCGCCGACAAGGUCCCUGUUGUCGAUGUAACACAGCACGGAUUCUUCAAGGUUUUAGGGAAAGGUAUGGUGCCUCCGUCGCAUCCGAUGGUUGUUAAGGCGAAGCUUAUAUCAAAGACAGCGGAGAAGAAGAUUAAAGAGGCUGGUGGUGCUGUUUUGCUUACUGCUUAG